UGCAAUUUAGGUAUUUGAGAAUGAUUUCCUAAAAAAAUAUGCACUUGAAUUUAUCCAUAAAUUAUGAAAAUUUUAAGUAAAAUUUGUUUAUUUUCAAUUUGUUUACAAAUGGCUAACAGCAAUGAAGAUGGAUGUAAUCACACUGUCUUUAAAGAUCUGAAAAUUGAACCAUUUAUUUAUACGGAAUCUGAAGAACUUAUGAUGGGCAUUAACCUUACAUUUUCCGAACAUGAUGAAAAGUUGUUAGAAAAUUCAACUAUUGUGCUGUUCAGUAAUCCACACUUUGACUCUGUACGUGUAGAUAAUUUUAGUUUGCCUUACUAUGAAAUCAAAAAUUCCACCAUCAAUUUUAAACCAACGGGCAACUAUACAAUCGAAAUCAUGUCCGAUUAUGGAAACUGUGCUCAAACACACCAUUUCCAAAUACCCGUGUGCGUCGACAAUGUUUGCUGCGACUCAAACAAGGCUCCGUUUGUUAUUGAGAGGAUUGAACCUGUGAUAAAACAACCUCACCUUUAUAACGUGACUUGGAGUGGUGUGAUUGACCAAAAUAUAACCCUAUCCAAUUUAUUUUAUUACUAUCACUUGGUUAACGACGAAAACUCCAAGUUUCCAGUAACAUUCGAAGACGACGAUCCUCAUCUAAUUGAAAUGAAUUUAUCGGAAGGACACACUUACGUAAUCAAAAUGAACUUUGUGGAAAAUAAUUUGUGUUCCUAUACGACAUAUUUCGAAUAUACAGAACCUCGUAAAUAUUCCUUAUAUAUUAUAAGCACCAUUACUGGAAUUUUAAUAGUAUUAAUAUUACUGAUGUUGUACAAAAAUUGGCAGGGGUUAGCACUGUGUAUGAAGACUGUAGAAGAAAUGGAUCACGAUGUGAUACCUGAAAAAGUACAUCUCAAGAAGGAGGCUAAAAAUAUGCUUUACGUUUCAUAUGAGUGCAAGCAGAAACUUAUUGAAGAUUCCUACGAACUGCCAAGAAACUUAAUCCAUUUGGAAACGGAAAUUGGACAUGGAACGUUUGGUAAAGUCUUCAAAGGCACCUUGAUUAUUCAAAAAGAUCAGGAGAGUCGGACAGUUGCUGUUAAACAAGUUAAAGACAAUAAGGACGAGUCCCUAUUGGAAGACUUCAGACAGGAAAUUGAUCUGAUGAAAAAAAUUUGCAGUCACGGCAAUCACGAAAAUGUUGUCAAGUUUUACGGCUGUUGCAGCAAAGACUUGCCACGACUGAUCGUUUUGGAAUAUUUACCAUGUGGUAAUCUAAAAAGUUAUCUUGAAGACUUGAACAAAUCUUGGAUCUACAGGAAAAGAAAACAGACGUUCUUUCCCCCAGAAAUGGAUAUACCGGUUUUGAAAGAACUAUCUACAACUGGCACAGGAAAUCUAGACAGCCCAGGCAUUAACAGUUUAAAACCACUUUUAACUCCUGAUUCACUGAUUUCAGCUAGAAAAUCGAGCUUCUCCACUGAAAGCAGAGUCACUGAAAUUUCAUACGUUAAAACGCCUCCCAGUGUGGCGUGUUUAGAGCUCAGUGAAAAGGAGUUGUACAAUUUUGCAUUGCAAAUAGCAAAAGGCAUGGAAUUUUUGGAGAAAAUUCCCAUCACUCAUAGGGAUUUGGCUGCCAGAAAUAUCCUUUUAACUCAAAACAAAACUUUAAAGAUAUCAGACUUCGGUUUAUCCAGAAUGGGACCAUAUACGAGUAAAAAAAGUUCUCCACUCCCGUUGAGAUGGAUGUCCAUUGAAGCUAUCCUGCAAAGCACAUACAGCAACAAAAGCGACGUUUGGUCUUUUGGUGUUGUUUUGUGGGAAAUUGGAACUCUUGGAGGAUUUCCUUAUGGAGGAAUACAAGCUGAGGCGUUGUUGCCGAGGCUGCUGAACGGAGAGAGGCUUAGUAGGCCGGAAAUUUGUUCUGAACAAAUAUACAAGUUAAUGCUAGAAUGUUGGGAGCAAAAUCCUGACGAUCGACCUUCCUUUCAGCAAAUAGUACUAAGAUUGCCGGAAUAUGAGAAGCCUUACAGUACUGAGCAUAUUCCUGUGGCAAAAUGAGAGGACAACCAACAAAUAUUCCUCAUAAAAUACGAUUAUGAAUAAGUCCAACUAAAACACAGAUAUUUAUGUGAUUGUUUCUUCGUCAUUCUGAAGCUAUUUGAUCUAUUGAAUUUUGAAUGUGGGACUUGUUUAACACGGAUUUAUGGGUAGUCAAUUUCAUUGGGACUCAAGAAAGUGAGCUUUCAAUUAGGCCCUUUACAUACAAUGACGUGAAACGAAAUUGUAGGCUAAUCUUCCAGAUUGGUGAUAGCCUUGGGGUGGAGAGUAAUUGAGUCUAACACAAGGAUAGAUAAUUAGUAAGUACUAUGGAAGAAGACAGCAAAAAUGUUGGCCCUAAAUCUGUUUCCAAUAAAUCCAGGCAGUUACAAGUGUGGAUUGUGACAGAGAGAUAUAAAGGAAAAAGUUAUAAACAUCAGAUAUCUGAGUUUUAACUGGGACACGCAUAUUUUUCUCUAAUUCGUGCCAAUUUAUUUGAAAUUCAUUAAAUAAGUUUCUCUAUGUUUUAUUUGAUGGACCUAGGAAUAAAAUUGUAUGAAUUUCAUUACUAUUACAUACAUAUUGUUAUUAUACAUUAGUUUUAUAAUGAAAAUCUCAUAGUAUAAAUGUGUUUAUUAUAUUUAUAUUUUGUAAGAAAAAAUAUAUAUUAUAUUUGAAAGAACAUCGCUGUAAUCAAAAUGUAAAAUGACAAUCUAAGUUAUUUAAUUUUUUUUAGAGUAGAUUGGGUUGCAUAUCUAUCAGUAUAAAUGUACAGG